AUGGAAGGGAAAUCAUAUUUUCCGCUGCUCGCUUUGCCCUUAUGGCGUGUUUCGGGGGUCUGUUACGAGAAGAUUCUACAACUAGACCCAGAGAACGUGCAGGGCCUUCAUAACCUCUGCGUUGUGCACGUGGAACGCGGGGAUCUUGCCAAUGCGGAAAGGUGCUUUCAGGAGGCGCACGAAAUGGCGCCCGACGAAGGCUACAUCCUCAAACAUUUGCAAAUCGUGCGCUCCAAGCUUUAUGCUCCUUUGCCGUCAUCAUCAUCAUCAGGAGCAGCAUCAGCGCCAGCAUCCAGAUCUUCGUCAUUUUCUUGCACAUCAAGCUCGUGCAUAGAUGCUGGAAAAGCCGCGAAAUUGCCUCCGUGACGACCAGGGCGUGGAGGGUUAGAUUUAUUCAACUUUUUUCCGCUCCCACCGGUACGUUCUGUUGCGUAAAUUUCGGACAACUGCGGUCGUGUGAAAUUACCGUGAGAAAGAAUUUCAGAAAUGAUGAUGAGGAUGAGGCUAGAUUACUCUUUUGUUUUGUAUGACCUGAUUUCUGUGCGGAGGAAAGGAACAGCGUUGAUGUGUGUUCGAUGAACUGCCAAAUUUUUGCUACGCGGUUGAGUUUUCGCGGAGACGAGCUUUUGUAGCGAGUUCUAUUUCCGAGUCUAGUUCGAAAUUUUCAGUUGUCCUUUUCGUUUGCUUGAAUAUUUCGUAGCGCUGUUGUGACGCAUUUGCUUCUUCACUCUCCUUUGAAUGUGUUUGGAGUAAUGAGUCAAGUGAUGCAAUUUUUUUUUUAGUAAUCAACGACGAUAAGUUGAAUGACUGGUGGGACUAGGAAGCAGGUGUAACCGUUUGUUGAAAGAAAACCUUUCAUUUUCUUCCUUGUGACUGAAAAUCGAGCGAGUUUAUUUUGCAGUGUUGGAAAAUUGUGGGUGGGAAUCUAUUUUGCUUUCAUGGGCCCCUGCACGGCUGGGAUGAUUGAGAAAAUUUCGAUUCACCCACACGGAUUGGGCCUCGUUUUUGUCAUUUUUCUCUAAUUUUUGCCCGUGAAUUUUUGAGAGGUGAAGAUGGAAUGUUUGCGUGCGAGGGAUUUCUCGUUCGUAUUCUCCGUGACAAAUGGAAACUGUGAUCGAGUUGCGUGAAAAACUUUUUUUUUGCUGAAUGGCGCGCUUGCGCUGCCGGGAGGACUUGAAUGUGCUCCCUCGGUACACACUGAAAAUCUUUGUUUCGUUUCGUGCUGAACAGAGCGUGGGAAGACAAAUGCAAAAAAAAAGAGAGACAAAAUUUGAAUCUCCUAACAAA